AUGUCAGCUCAGAAACCCACUGGAACUUCCUCAGAAGUUUCCAAAGUUUCAGAAGCUUGCACAACCACUAAUAGUACAACCUCUACAUCACCUCAAAGUAGUCCAUGUCUUAAAGGUGGGGAAACAAAAUUUAAUGACAUCCCAAAUGGUUCUACAAUUUGCGUAAGAAUGAAGAGCCAAGCUCAAGUUAGUUUGAAACACAAUACUCCUGUCGAGGUUCAAGAUUUAGAAGAGGGAGAGCUUGUUCAAAACACUAAGCAACAAAAUGCAUUUCUAGAGAAUAGGAAUGCUGUAAAAACAACACUUGAAAUUCGAGUACAGUCACAAGAAACUUGUAAAUAUUUAGCAAAAAUGAAGAACAAG